AUGGUUCCUUAUUUUCCCUAUUCUUUGGGAAUUCUCCAGGGAUUCCAUUUCCUUUUGCUACCACUUAUUAAAAUCUCAAAAACCAAUUUUAUUUUAAAAUUUGAAAAAUCUAAUGUCAUAAAAUUUCCCUUAAACUUUCGUUCAAAACUAUUUCACGAAGAUAUUGCCCGACAAUUGAUGAAAAAAUACGGACCAGUAUUUACCAAAUAUACGGGAAGUCAACCGAUAGUCUAUGUCUGCAAUUACGAGUUGGCCACUGAAGUCUAUCGUAACAAUGUGUUUGCCGGACGACCCAUAGUUCAUACGGAGUUUACCCGUCCAUCGGAUGACAAAAUCGGUAUAUUGUUUACAGAUUACGGUGAGGCAUAUAAAUCGCUAAAACGUGUUGGACUGACAGCCAUUAACAAAUUUGCUGGUAAUGACCGACUAGUAGAUGUGGUGGUCGACUGUGUGGACAGUAUGGUUGAAACAAUAGUGAAGAGGGAGGGCAUUGACAAACCAUUUGUACCCAACGAAUAUAUAUCAAUGAUAUUUCUCAAUAUACUAUCAUCGUGUGCCUGGGGUCAAAGUUACAAUUUUGAUGACCCGGAGCUGAAACUGAUGCGCUAUUUUAUACAUGAUUUUGCAUUAGAAACCAAUGAUAAACUAAAACAAUGGGAAGGCUCGGCAUUGUUUAGAUUUCUAGAUCGCAAACUAAUUGCUAAACAAUUGCAGACAAUGUCUGAUCAUCAAAAUUUGAUGAUUGAAAAGUUUGUCAAUCAUUAUAUAGAUUAUAAUCAGGAAAUUGAUAGGGAUUUUUGCGACGCCUUUAUAUCGGCCAAAAACGAUGCCAUCAAUAGUGGCGGCAAAGCUGGUGGCGGUAGUGGUGCAGGUGCGGCCCAAUAUCUAACCGAUGCCAAUCUGACCAUGUCCAUUUACGAUAUGUUUAUUGCCGGUGCCGAAGGUACCGAAAUGACAUUCCGAUGGCUGACAUUGUUUAUGGCAUACUAUCCGGCGAUGCAGUCCAGGUUACGACAGGAAGUGGAUACAGUUAUCGGCGACCGAUUGCCCAGACAUGAGGACAAACACCAGUGUCACUAUACGAUGGCAUUCAUAUCGGAAAUACUCAGAUAUAGGACUAUUGUAUCGGACGGUGAACUGCAUAAAGUCAGGGCCGACAACACAAAACUUGGCAACCAUAUCAUACCCAAAGAUACUAUAGUACGUGUCUAUCAGGGAAUAGUCAUGAAAAACGAUGAUACAAACUACUGGACCCGGGGUCUGGAUUUCCUACCCGAACGUUUUCUGGAUCCGCUGGACGGCCACUAUCGUAAACCGUCGCCGGCCUACAAUCCGUUUGGUUCGGGUGCCCGCAAAUGUGUGGGCGAACGGUUCGCUUACGCCGAAAUUUUUCUGGUUUUAGUCCGUCUAUUGCAACGAACCAAUCGCUACGAUAUAGUAUUGGACAGCAAUGAUGGGGUCGGCAUUAAUCCGGCUAUCAAUGACUUUUGUGUACCGUUUGAUUUUGCUAUUAGAUUCAGACACAAAAAAUUAAUUAAUUAA